GGCUUUCCAACAGCGCGCACUCGUGGGUAGAAGCACGGAGUGAAGCUUUUGGAGGUGGGGAUGAUCUAGUUGGAGACCGGACAGUGAGCGCAGAGUCCCCGGUGCCACAAUGGAGCCGAGCCGCGCGUCGUGGCUGAGAGCGGGACUCGUUCUGUUCGUAGCAGCCCAACUCCUGCCCUCCAUCUCCGCUUGCAACCACGGAUUCUACCGGGAGAUGCUCAGCGACUACUGCAUGAUUAAAUUCCACAAGGGCAUGGCUUCUCUGGACCGCCGACUGUGGUGCAACUGGCCCGAUACAAUGGAUAUUUACGAGGACGUGACAAACUGCACCUUCCACGUGGCCCUGUUCAUGGACUGUUUCUGGCCCAAUCGCGAGGUGGACCGUUUCUUCACUGAUAUCCACCGUGACUACUUCCACGACUGUGCGCUAACGGGACGGCUACUGCACGACCCGCCCACUAGCAUCCUCGCGCCCUUCAUUGGCAUACCCGUCCUGGUCACGCUGCUCAUGACCGCCCUGGUGGUGUGGAGGAGUAAACGCACAGAGGGAGUGUUGUAAACAAUCCAAUGGACUGUUGUGUUUUUUUUUUUUCUGUUGUUUUUUUAUGCAUUGAAUUUGUAAUAUGUAAGUUAGAAUAAAUUAAAAAUAACUACCGGUAGUUUGUUAAGAAAUUGAAUGUGUUUUAUUAGUGUGUAUAGUUAUGCCCCCAUAGUGAAUAUGUAUGUAUCCAUAUUAAUGUUGUCACAGUACUAAAAUUUCAAACUCAAUUUCGAUACUAAGGAAUAGACUCCAUACAGAUAUUGAUAGCACAAUAAUAACUAAAAACACUUUUUAUUUAGAUGAUAGAAUGUGAUUUGUGAAAUGGGAUGAUAUGGGAUGUUCUUUCCUCAUCAAAAACAUGUAUUGAAUUACGUGUUUUAAUUGUUGAAAAAUACCAUGGUAAAAUUCUUACAUUGAGCAGGGUCACCUCUCCAUUGACUUGACCUGUAACUUAGCCUGGUGAUGAAAUUUGCUUGUCUCAAUGGAAGUUUAACUGGAUUUAUUUACCAAUCAUUUACACGCUCGUGCUCUGUGAGUGCUAUAGGUUCUGUUAUGUGUUGUUAUGUGAUUCUGUAUUGUGUCUCCUCCUAGUGUCCAUUUGGAGAAUUGCACAUUUAGAUUAACACUCUUAAGGUGAGAAUGUUACGAUUAUUUUUUAACUACAACUCUUACUACUCUUAAUAUUAUGACGACUACCAAUACUACUCAUAAUAUGACUACAACUACUCCUACUAUUACUCCUACUCCUACCCCUCUCCUAAUGAGUACUACUACUCCUAAUAUAAGUACUACUACUACUCAUACUUCCACUCCCACUACUUCUCCUAAUACAAGUAGUACUACUACUAGACCCAAUAUGAGAACUACUACUAAUACUACUACCCUACUACAACUACUACUCCUAGUCCUACUACUCCUACUACUACUACCACUACUCCUACAACCCAUCAACACUUGAAUGAAUACAGAUACUUGAAUAUCUUUCUUUGUGUCAUUAUGAAAAGUUAUUAGGCCACUAGGAGUAUUGUACUGCCUAAUUAUCAUUGUUGGACUUUACCAGUAAAAGUACUUCAUAAUGAAAGUAACUUUGGUCUCUGCAGAAGACACCUGCGAGGUGGACAGCAACCUGCAAAAUAUAGAAAGAGGUUUGAUAAAAUUUGUACAACUUGAAUGUAAAAAAUAAAAGAUGUAAAUACUGUUAUAUAUUAAACAUUUGAAUUGUGUAUAUGUGUUCAACAUAUAUUUAAAGCACCACUAUGUAACAUUUUAGUUCAAAUGAGUUUGUUACUUUUGGUUGUUUUUAUUGCAGGGAAAAACAUGUGUCUUUACUGUGAGCUGCCUUGCAUCUCCAAAAAAUCUGACUUUUAUUUGGCCUUAGAUAUAGUUCCUUUGUUUAUAGAGGUUAUGUGCUGACAUCAUUGUAUUCGAAAACUGCUCCCCAAAAUUCCUGGCUGAGUUGAACUAAAGCAGAACUACGGGCAGCUUAAUGGACAAAAUGUUUGUUUCUUUCACAUUUUAGCUGUGCGUUGAAGGAGAAAAUGCCAUUACUGAACAUUGUCUGUGUAAUCCCUCAGUUGUCCAGGUCUGAUCCAGCAUAGGAGGGCCAUUAAAGGUUAAAUUGGGUCAUUAAGGCGACUGGAGACAAUAGCUGCUUACAAUUUCCGUUUAGUUAGUCCCUCCCUUCAGAUGGAUAUAAGGCAGUGUCCAACAGCAAUCUGACCAGAACUGAAGAGGCUUAGAUGAGCAGCGAAACGUCUUCACUCCUACAACUUUUUGUCCAGUUGAGAGAUUUAAACUUCGUCUUUUGCCAUUACUCACCAUUGAUACUCAUAUAAUGUUGCCACUCAUUUUAUAAAGUUCAUAAAGUUGUGAUGUCAUAUGCAUAACCUCGAUAAUAUUCCACAGCAUGGCUUAAAAUGCAGCCAUUUCUUUGAAGAAUGUUCCGAAGUAUGGUUUUAACCUUUUAUUUCCAUAGAAUCAUGCACGUGAUAUGCCCCUGCCAGAAAGUUACACAGUGUUAUUUUAAUAUAAUGUGAUAUGUAUAUUUACCAUUAAAAAAAAAUCUAAAUUGAUGUAUUGUUCAGUGUGAUGUCACUUCCAGGUCCAUCAGCUUGGCGAUGACCAGCAGUUAGUGAGAUAUAUUCACUGGUAAUCCUGUUAUAAUAGAUUAUUACUUCUUUUUUUUUACAUAUUCGAAACAAUUUGUGGUUAAACUGUAUAAAGAAGUGGACUAAAAUAGUGAAAUAAAAACCUCUGAACGAUCAUGUACAGCAGGUUAAUGCCAACAUUUUAACACCAAAAUGACAAGUCUGAAAGCAUCAGUUACGGACAGAGGGGCAAUGUUUCUUAAUAGAAAGUGAAUUGGAGCCAGAAGCGCCCCUUUGCUAACUUUCUAUUUGGAACGUGGCAGCUAGCAGGUUAGCUAUGUCCAUUUUUAUCUACAGUCUAUGGUUUAAAUUUGCUUGUCUCUUGUUUGAUGAAUAAGGAACAAAAACAAACCUAGAAAUCAGCUGUGAAGUUUCUGUUUGGACCCGGAAGUGACAUCAUCACUUAACACCUCUAUACUCUAUGUUUAUCUGUUAUUUUUUAACCAUCAUCCAGUAUAUAUUUAAAAAUAAAAUUAAUAAAUAUGGAC